AUGUUCCUCGUGCGUACCCGCGCGGGUGGGGAAAUUUUUGAGAAGUACUAUGCUACUACACCUGUUACACCAGUUUCUUCAUUUACCUCACCUGUUAUAACGCCCAUCAUACCUUCCUCUUUCUCACCAUCAAAUGAGCGUCAAUUUCAACAGCAGCUGUUUUAUAUGAGCGAACAACUUUCGAACUUGAGCACCAAGUUUGACAGUUUACUUGGCACCAAAAGUUCGAUUUCAAAUACUAAACAAGCUAACGAAACGGAAGAAUUAGACGUUAUGUUCAAUGAAAUCAAAAGUUCAGACGAUCUAUACAAAAUGAAAAAUUUUGAAAUCAACUCGCAGAUGGAACUUAUCACGUGUUUACCCUGUUCAAAACACAAAACGAACACACCAAAACAACUUCAAUCAACAAUAAAAUCGUCAUUCGGUGUAUUGAAAUUUAUUGAACAAGAUGGAGGCUACAAUCAAACUCAAAGAUUUCGUGACUUGAAAAGAAAUAUAAGAUCUCAUCUUUCGAAUAGCUUGCAUGUAUGGUGUAGGAGAGAAGAGCAAAAGGAAAAAGAAGUGGCUGAUGAUCUCAUGAGAAAUAAUGAGAAAGCUGGGUACAAUAUCGGGAGAAUCGCAUUAUUCUGUAUUCGUACUGGACUAGGUGGUUUAAAGUUUGUUGAAACUGUUAACUUAAUCGAUUUGUGUGGUGGUACUGUUGGAAAUUAUAGGUAA